AUGGGCCGAAGACCAAACGCUCUUGUCCAAGAGUAUUUUGAGCGUGGCCAGAAACUGCCGGACGCGAGCAACCGUUACUCCCAUACGUGCAAGAGGUGCAAGGAAUUCGUGAGACAGCUCCCAAGUCGACGCCAUGCUCUCCACUGACAUCUCAAUAGUUCCCCAAAGGACGAGUGGACGGCCUCAUGAGCCACAUCCUGCGAAGAUGUCCGAACGUGUCACAGGAAGAUCGCCAGGUUGUCUUUCGUGCCAUGAGCCAGACGCACUUGGAAGCGUCGCAUCCCACCGGAUAUGGAAUCCAAAGUCCAGGUAAUGCCGAGCAGAUCGAGCAGGUAGGUGCUGUUUCGUGAUGAAAGAUCUCUCGGCUCGGGUACUCUGACAUUCAUAGAUCGACAGCGUGCAGUACGAAGUACCUGCGUCUUUUCUGCAAAGAGAGCAGUCAGCUCUCGAUACCUUGGCUGAGGUAUCUCGGCAGCACUUGAACUACUCAGCCUAUCACAAUCACUUCGAUGCAGCCCAGCAGCAACCCAUCUUCGAUGCCGAAGAGGACUUGGUCGAGCAAAACCUUUUGGCGCAACUCAAAGCGGCCUGCAAGGAAGAUUCAAACGAUAUCGCGAGUCCCACUAACUUAGAUCCUGUUGAUGGGCGCGCUCGUUCAAUUCUUCCAGAUAGUCCGCCUGUGCCGGAGCAUGAGGAAACGGGCGCUGUUGGGCCUUCGCCACUCGUGCGGACGGCUUCCGCUGCCAAUGAGCACUUGAAGCGCAAAGAGCGCAGCCCAGAUCGACUCGAGCCACAACUGGAGGAAAAUACGCCUGUAUCCGAAUUGAAUCAGUCGAGUGCCGCAUCAGAAAGCCAUGGCGUGUCCUGGGCUCCCGCAAAUGGCAGCUUCGCAGCCGCAUUUGCUGGAGGACUCUCAAUCAUGCUACCAUUCGAUGAAGCAAACCCUGGGUUCGGAAUGAUACAGAGACCAGCGAAAAGCAAGAUACGCAAUCGAUUCACCGAUAGUCGACGCAAGGAAGUCCAGGAGAUCCGCAAACGUGGUGCCUGUUUGCGCUGUCGCAUGUUGAAGAAGCCCUGCUCGGAAGGAAAUCCAUGCAACACCUGCAAGAGCGUCGAGUCCGCGCGCGUUUGGAAAGGCGCUUGUCUCCGGACUAGACUUGCAGACGAAUUCACGCUCUGGUCCACUGGCUUAUUUCAUGCCAGAGCUGCUAUCGAUGUAGCCGGCGCUGUGCAUGGGAUGCUUUUACAGCCGUUGUCCGCCUGCAUUGAAGCAAAGCUCUUCUCUGUUUCCGGUGUGCCUUUGACGUUAGCUGCACGAAGAUAUACGGCCAACUACUCCAAGGAAACUUCCACAGCUCCGAAUUUUCAGCAUGCUGAUGGAGAGCGAAGUUCAUCUGACAUCGUGGUGCUUGUAGAGGGAGUGGGACUUAAAGUCGAAAGUCACCUCAAACAAAGCGUGAGGGACUGUGCUGUUCAGGAGACUUGCACAUUUUUGAGGGCCACCAUCGAGCAGGCACAGGAGAUGAUCAAGGCGGAGCAUCAAAUUGCGGAUUCCCCUGAUGCGACAGCGACAAGAUCCUCUUACAGCUUGCAAGACCAACUACUGGGAAACGUAAUCGAGCUUUGGACCGAAACCGCAGUGCUAGCCCGUCUACAGCACAACGACAUCGAGCUGAAGUGCAUCGCUACCAAUGAGCCAAUCUCACCGCUGGUAGAGGUGGAAGAUUUCGCAAACGACCACCCUUCUGCUGUAGCUAUUCGGAGCCGCAAGCUGAUCUCUGCCCAGCUGCUAGCGGCGAUUGAAACUCGCUGCUCGGCGCAGAGCAAAGUCGUCUUGAACGAACUCGAACGCCGGUUGCUUCAACGGCAACAGGUCUCUCGCUUCGCAACCUACAUUUCGUCUGUGCUACUCCUCAAUUGCAUCGAACGCAUGACCGGCAUCUACAGGUCUCUCGAUCCAAUCGAAAUCGCGGACUCGAAUCCUAAUUCAGAUUCCGAUGCCGACCAGAUGAGGCCCAACGCCUGGCCUCUUCAUGAGCCUCCUAGGAAACUCUGGCUACAAGGAGGACACUUCGCAGAUUUACUCAUCAUGCUGUUGCGCAUGCGAGCUCUGCCUCCCAAGACUUCAACCCAGGAGGGGAAGCUGGUAGUCGAUCAGUCGCAGACUGUACCGGUCAGUAUCAACGGAAGAUCGGCAAAAGAACAGACGGAAGAGCAGACGACUAUACCGGCGGCAUGGCUGGACCCCAUUGAGCUUCACGAAAACAAUUUGUUAGCUAUCAGAGAUAGUGGGCUUCCAGAUCCCGCGAAAGGCGCCACGGGGUGGGAUAUGAAGUUCAUCUCACGAUUGCUGUUGCCCGAGAAGAAAGAGUCCGAGCACUAG